AUGUUUCCCAAUGCAGUAUUUUUUGGCUUUUUCCUCCUAUCUCAGGUAUGUAUUGGUGUCUUGGCAAACUCAUCACUAUUUGUGGCACUUGCAUACACCUUCUUAUUUCAACCUAAUCUUAAGAGGCCCAUCGAUUUCAUUAUAAUUCACCUGACAGUGGUGAAUAAUUUGAGUAUCAUAGUCACACUGAUACCAUAUAUCAAAGCGUCUUUUGGAGUAAGACAGUUUCUGGAUGACACUGGCUUGAUGCUCAUGUUGUGGACGAGCCUCUACAUGGUGAGUCUCCUCUACAGACACCACAGGAGAGCUCGGAAUAUCCGUAGCACAUUUUCCCGAACAUCCGCAGAAAUCAAAGCAACUCAAAAUAUUCUUUUGCUGGUGAGUUUCUUUGUUUUGUUCUAUUUCUCAGACAACUUUGUCAAUUUACUUGCAUUUUAUUCUCUCAAAAAACAUAUACUUUUAAAUGCGAUAAAUGUCAUGUUAUCAGCAUGUUAUCCAACCAUUUGUCCUUUUGUUUUGAUGAAAAAUACUAAAAUGUUUUAUAGAUUCUUUCACUUUAUAUUGAUGUGA